UUCAGGUUACUGCUAGAGCUUUUGCUACUCGGCUCCUCGGUCGGCUGCUACCCCACAAAACCCGAGAUUAAUUAUUAUGGAUAAGGUUAUGUCAUAAUAUAUUUGCUGUUACAUGACGGCACAUUAGAACAACAUGCAACAAAAACAUGCGAACGACGGCAGCUUUACUUUGUAAACAGCCAACUUAUAACUCCUAUUCGUUUGGUUCACGCGACGGCACUGUAGCUUUGCGCGCACAUCUUGACGACCGAUCACUGACCCAUUGAUUUCAGUGGUAACUCAGCAACCACAAUCGAACGACAGACAUGCAGGCAAUUUGUUGUGCAGUAGCCCACUGCACAACGCAUUGCCGGCAUUGCUGUCAUUUCAUUGUGGUCGUAGGUGUUGUUGUUGGUUGCUGAGUAUUCUAUAGACGUUUGCUGUUAUCGAUGUUCUACGAUGUUUCACGUAUGUUAGUUUUAUGUUAUUAAAAUGUUUAUUGAUCAUAUCUCAUUUCAGACUCUAACAACGUCUGCUGCAGCUUUGUUCUCGUCGUCAGAAGAUGAGGAAGACCAGUCGGCGCCAAUGAUGUCAACACCAAUGGAGAAUCCUCCCUCUGGCAGAGCACAGUUUUCACCAGGCCUCGAUACCAGUGCCAGUAGCCUUGAAGUUGGUGAAACCGACGAAAGCUAUCGGCCUGAAUCAACCCUCACCCCCACAUCGGAGUCGUCUUCAGAGGAUGAAGGUGUAAAGGACUGGCGUGAAAAGAAGAUUAUUGUCAAUGAAUCCAGCCUCAUGUCACUAUUCAAAUUUUGCCAGACGUGUGGGAAACCGAUUUCAUCGAAGACCAUCUUUGAUUCUGGGGCACAGAGGAGGGUGAAAUGGAUGUGUCUUGGGGGCCAUUCUGGGACCUGGACAUCUUCACCUGACAUAAGAGGAAUGCCAGAGGUUAAUCUCCUUUCAGCUGCAGCUGUUGUGUUCAGGGGCGGCACAUACACGGAACUCUCAGACUGGUGCCAAACCAUGGGUCUCCAAAUGAUUGGAACAACUACGUUUUACAACAUUCAGAAGGGGUACUUGCACCCUGCUAUUGAGAACGUGUAUAGGGAGAAAAGAACAGAACUCUUGGCAAGAGUUUAUUUGGAACAGGAAGAUGGGAAGAGGCCACAUUUGGCAGGUGAUGGCCGAUGUGACUCGCCAGGCUUCAAUGCAAAAUACUGCCACUACACCUUUAUGUUGGACGACACAAAGGAGAUACUCCACACAGAACUGGUGCAGUGUACAGAGGCCACCAGCUCCGGAGCCAUGGAGCCACUGGGUUUUACGAGAGGAAUGACUGAGCUUCUGGACUUGGGCCUUGACGUGGAGGUGAUGGCCACGGACCGCUCCUCGUCAAUACAAAAAAUAAUUCGGGAACAUAUCCUAGUGUCCAGCACGAAUUUGACAUCUGGCACACAGCCAAAGAAGAAGAGGAUGUGGAUUGAGAAGGACUCGUGGCAUUUCAGGACCUGUCGUCGCUGGUCCUAG